UUAUUUUGUGAAUAAUGAACCAAAUGGCACAACACCACUACUUAUUACAUAAAACACAAACAUGUAGUCAUUAACACUACAUAGUGCUGUAGAAUAACAAUUGGGAUAAAAUAUAGAUAGAUGCUAAAAAAUUAAUCUCUGUAAUAACAAAGCAUAUUAUACUAUGAGUACAGAAAAAAGUUUCAAAAUUAUUUCUCACAUUCUUUAUGUGUAAGUCUCAAACCUAGCAUUUAAACAUGGGUGUGUGUCGUUAAGACAACUGCUUUUUACUAAUGGUAUGCAGAAUUUGAAUGUAUAACUAAUAAGAUAUUGAAUACGGCUAUGAAUUGUAACCAAUCAGUCAUUUGCUGUUGAGAUAAUGCCCUUAUUGAUAUGCGACCUUGGGCACAUUCAGAUGCAAUGAGGCUCCUUCAGACCACGUUUCUAAAAACUGAACCAUCUUGAUCAAUUGUACUCUUUGUCUUUCAAUUGCGAUAUCUCAAUGUCAUCAAAGACAAAACUAAGGUAGACACGUUUAUUGUAGAUAAAUAUGUAGAUAAAUAUAAAUAAAUAAAUCCUUUAUAAACACACUUCUACUAGCAAAAUUGUCCUUUUUUUAACUUUAGGCAAGUAAAUAUCCGAUUUUGUUAGUGAAGGCACGGAACGUGUAAUUGGAGACAUGUUUGCUACCGAGCAGCUAUUCAAGCGGACAGCUGCGCCGCUCAGUUGGAUGUUUGUAAAUGUGAUUCAUUUUAAAAACCUGCUUCGGGUUUCAUCCAGAUAAGUGUUAAAACUAUAAUAUUACCAAAGACGGAAAUAAACUGCUGCAGUGAUAUUCACAGCAGAUAUUAUUACGCGGCCUCUGUCUUUUUGUUUGUCAGGGUUAUUUUUGUUUGCAGUGAGGCUAACCGCUGAUGGACGUCAUGGUCGGGUUUGCGUGCUGUCAACAUUAAUAAGUCUUCUGUGUUUGGCUGCAGCUGCUGGUCAGCUGCAAUUUCAUCCCAUAUACUAGCCUGGAAUCUAACUCUGCUCAGAGGAUGCCAAAUGCCAGUGCAAGGCCCAAGCAUGGGAGGAGGGCCCGGAGGCGACGCAGAGUGGACCCUGCCAGGGACCAGCUGGUCUCCAGUUCCCUGGAGAGCGCCCAGCAGUCUCUGCUCAACCAGGAUUAUGGAACAGCUUUCGUCCAUUACCUACUUGUGCUCAACCUUGCACCUGUUUUCAAGGACUUUGCACAGGAUUCUUUCAGGCUCACUCUGUUUAAAUGGGCCGAAGAGUUGGACUCUGUGGGACGAAUUCAGGAACUCUUCGACUGCUACGAACAAGCUCUGGAAAUCUUCCCUGCUGAUGAGGUCAUCCUCAACAGCAUGGGAGAACACCUUUUCCGAAUGGGAUUUAGAGAUGAAGCUGCGGGCCAUUUCCACAAGGCCUUGAAGAUGAAGCCAGACUUUCCAGAAGCCAGAGAGAAUUUUUACCGUGUUGCCAACUGGCUAGUGGAGCGCUGGCAUUUCCUCAUGCUCAACGACCAUGGCAGGAACCGAAAGUACCAGCAGGCCAUUCAGAAGGCUGUUCAGAAUGGCUGCAAAACUGUACUCGAUAUAGGUACUGGCACUGGAAUCCUUGGUAUGUGUGCUAAGAAAGCUGGUGCUGCUGAGGUGUACGCCUGCGAGCUUUCAAAGACAAUGUAUGAACUGGCCUGCGAGGUGGUGGCUGCUAAUGGGAUGGAGGGGAGCAUCAAAAUCCUCCAUAAGAAGUCCCUUGAGAUGGAAGUACCAACAGACAUCCCAAACAGGGUCUCAUUGGUGGUGACUGAGACUGUGGACGCAGGGCUGUUUGGAGAGGGCAUCAUAGAGAGUCUUAUUCAUGCCUGGCACCACCUCCUCCUGCCUCCAAAGAGGGGUGAGGGUGAGUUUGGAGAAGAUUCUGCCACAGGACGGGUCAUCCCUGCUGGAGCUGCUGUGUUUUGUAUGGCCGUCGAGUGCCUGGAGAUCCGCCGGCAUCACAGGUGGUGUGCUGCAGAGGUGGGUGGUCUGUCCAUGGCGGCAGCAGGGGAACUCCGCAGUCUGGUGAGCUGCAGCCCUGAGCAGGAUGACUCCACAGAGCCGUACACCACAGAGAGGCUGAGCCGGCUGACUGGGGGAUACAGAGCGCUCACAGAGCCGUUCACGGCCCUCACCAUAGACUUCAACAAUGUUCAGGAACUGGAGGGCCUGAGCUCCAGGGAGGUGCGAGAGAUGCGGUUGCCCGUCACUCAGGAAGGAGAGCUGGAUGCUCUGGCUGUUUGGUUCCAGCUCCACCUGGACGAGGAGAACAGUCUGUCCACCGGACCGCAGGAAGACACCUGCUGGGAGCAAGCCAUCUACCCUGUCCACAGUGCAAUGAGUUUUGGGCUAAAGCCUCUGGAUGAGCUGAUAGUUGAAGUUUCCUGCCAAGACACCUACCUGAGGCUCAGCUGCGUCGCCGUACUGAGAGAAGGUCACAGAAUCUACCUCGACAAGCGCACGGACUUCCCCAACUCUUUCAAACCUAUCCCAAACCCAAACCCAGAGGUGGAACUGUGCAGCGAAUUAGCGUGCCUCCAGACGAGUCAGAGUGAGUCCGAAGACUUCUGCAUGCUGGAGUAUUCAGAGAUGGCGCUCUUAAACAAUCAGGAUUACCAUCAGAGUUUUUGCACCGCGUUGACCAAGCUCAUCUCUGAACUGAAGGUUAAAAAUCGAAAUCGAAAUACGGUUGGCACGGCUUCCUUUGUGGCGGAUAGCAGUUUGCUCUACGUGCUGGAUGUGUCUGAGGGCUUCUCGCUGCUCUCCCUCAUCGCAGCCCACCAGGGUCAAGUAAAAGCCUACAGCACUGUGGAGAAGAGCAAGCAGCAGAACGUCCUGAGGAGACUCGCUCGCUCCAACAACAUAUCUGAGCAGCAUCUGGAGUUCUGGCUGAACCACACAGAGGACGAGCAGGGAAUGUUACAGCGGCCGUCCCAUGAGAAGCUGUGGAGCGCCAUCAUCCUCGACUGCGUGGAAACAUGUGGGCUCGUUAGGCAGAAGCUGAUGGAGAAAGCUUCCCUGGCCAGGUUUCUACUGGAAGAAGGAGGGCGUAUUUUCCCAGAGAAGAUUGUUGUAUACGGUAUGCUUGUGGAGUCUGACACUUUGUUGCUGGAAAGUGCUGUCCAGGGCCGGGAACCUACUCUGGGAUUUAAUAUUGCUCCUUUCAUUAAUCAGUUCACUGUUCCGGUUCAUGUUUUUUUGGAUUUCUCCACUCUGGAGUGCAGACAUCUCAGUGAGGCUCUGGAGCUCUUUGUUCUGGACCUCAUGGAUGUCAACAAAAAUUACACUGAGAGGGAAGUCAAGGUGCAGACCACCUCUGGAGGCAGGGUUACUGCGGUUCCCUUCUGGUACCAGAUCCAUUUGGACCCGGAUGUCAGCGUCAGCACCCUCAGCCGGAACUCCCACUGGAAGCAGGCCGCUGCCAUUCUGCAGGAUCCCCUGCAAGUCCAAGCUGGAGACUGGGUCCGUCUAGCUGUGAAGCUGCACAAGAGCACCAUCUCCAUCUCCGCUCAUUUAGACAACGCUCCUGUGCAGAUGGACUAAAACCUAUGUGGUAUCGUCAUUUUAUACAUUUUUAGGAGAGCUCCAUUGUUACAGAGACUGAAGGAAAUCUAUUAUGAUACGUUUUUUUUUAUUCUGGUAAGAAAAUAUUAAGCUGUAGUUUUUUUUUUAGCAAUGACCUGCAUGACAAAGUUUUUAAGUGCCCUUGUGAUGGAACUGCGAUAGAAUUUUCUAGUAAUGUUUAUGUAUGAAUAGUUUCAUAGUACAUACAAAAUGUACUGUGGCAUUGAAAUUGUCCUUAUGGACCAGAUGUUAAAAUGUUUAUUAUGAAAACUGCACCACAAAAACAGAAUUUUACCAAGUAGUUUUGGUCUAAUAUCUACU